AUGGUUGCUCAUGUGAAGAGUUGUUACGGUAUUAACAUAAAAUACCAUCAUGCUUAUAAAGGGAAGGAAGCAUCUCAUGCGGAGAUAUACAUCGAUGAUGUAAAAAGUUAUACAGAUCUUGUGUGGUAUGUUGAAGCAAUAAAUGCUACCAAUCCUGACAGCUAUAUUAAGUUUGAAUAUAAUAAAGAGAAUAAACAAUUUGAUAGGAUUUUCAUAUGUUUUGCUGCAUGUAUUCGCCCUAUGAUUUACUGUGAUGCAGCAUUUCUCAUUAGGAGAUUCAAGGGAACAUUGAUGGCUGCCACUGGCGUGAAUGAGAACCAAGUUCCUUCGGACGACAUUGAAGGUUGGGAGUGGUUCAUGGAAAACUUACAAUAUUGUGUCGACUCUCGUCCUAUCACCUUUAUUACUGAUCGUCAUGAAGGGCUGAAGCAAAGUAUUCCUAAGUUUUUUCUUAACUCUUAUCAUAGUUACUGUUUUUAUCAUUUGAAGAAUAACCUCCCUAUCAAGAAAGGACAUGAGAAGUAUAAACAUGUACUGGAUUUGUUCCAUAAAGCUGCACACUGUUACAACAUUGCAAAAUAUGAGUCUGCUUUGAAUGAGAUGUGUAUUAUUGGAUAUGGUUGGGUUUCCAAGGAUUUGCCUCCAGCUGCUCUUGUUGAUGAGCUCAGGAUAAUGAUUAUGAGGAUGAGUUCAGAAAGGCGUGAGCUUGGUAGAACUUAUCUAGAUAGUUUGACUCCCAUCUAUAAAGAAUUACUCAAGUCACAUGUCGAUAUAGGUCGUCCAUGGAAUGUUACUGAGUCAGGUAAUGACAUAUAUGAGGUUCGCUCUCCCAGCUCUCAUGUUGUUGAUCUGAUGCAGAUGACGUGUACUUGCCAGAGAUGGAAAGUGUUUGAGUUCCCUUGUGCUCACGCUAUUGCUGCUAUUACUAUGAAGGGUGCUAAGAUUUUGAAGUAUAUUCAGCCUUACUUUGGUUCAAAUCAUUUUCGGAAUCCUUAUGCUCAUGCAAUUCGACCCAUUCCCAACUACGACAGGCCUGAAGUGUAUGAACCUGAAGACAGAGUCCUUCCUGGUAUUCCAAGGCCACCUCCAGGAAAACCACCAAAGAGGCGUAUUCGCAGUGCUUAUGAGAAGGAGAGGAGGCCUAUGAAGUGCUUAAAUUGCAAGAAGAUUGGGAACCACAACAAAGCCACCUGUCGUUUAUUACUGCUAGAGUAG